CACAGCAAUGUAUUGCGGGGAGCGUCAGGAAUCAAUUUCACAAGGAGAAUUACCAUACUACUCUAUGAUAAUCCCCACAUGCUUCGGAAGAAGAUAAGGAAACCUCAAGGUUCCUGUCUAGUGCUGGGGUGAGGUUGACACAGUAUGCGGGGUUACUCCGAGCCCUUCGGGAUUUCGUGGGAAUGAUGCGCGAGAGGCGACUACUUGCGGUUUGUUGGCAUGCAUGCAUCACACAUAAGUAUUUCUAUGCUUUCUUGUCACUUUUUGUUUCACUUUCCUCCUUUUAUUUUCCCCGGCCAUGACCAGCCAGAUCUUGAUUGAAACCCCUACAGUUGAGCAACACUCAAAUGGGUUUGGCAUUGGAACUGCGACUCCGCGUCUGUCAUGGCGAUUUCUCACCACCGACAGUAGUCCUCGCGACUGGGAGCAGACGGCCUACGAAGUGGAAGUUGUUCGUUCCGGGUCUCGAGAGGAAACCGAUCAUGUGAACAGCCAUGCAUCGGUGCUGGUCCCUUGGCCCAGUGGCCCACUACAAUCCCGAGAAAUCGCACAGGUCCGUGUUCGGGCAUACGGGUGCAGCGCCGGCGAGGAGCCGCAGGGUGACUGUGCCACCGCUUGGUCUCCCUGGCGGACCAUUGAGUGUGGACUACUCGACCGCGCUGACUGGGUAGCCCGACCUAUUGCCAGCCCCGAACAUCCACAGCCAGAUAAUCCAUUGCGGCCGGUGCGGUUCCGGAAGGAAUUCCAACUUCCUGCAGCGAGUACCAUCGACAGGGCCCGACUCUAUAUCACCAGCUUUGGAGUAUACCGCGCCUUCGUCAACGGGCAUCGGGUGGGGGAUCAGUGUCUCGCCCCCGGAUGGACCAGCUACCGCCAUCGCUUGAACUAUCAAGUAUUCGACAUCGCGCCCCUCCUGAAUGCUGAAGGUCCUAAUGUCCUUGCGGUAGAGGUUGCAGAGGGCUGGUACGCCACUCGUCUUGGCUUCCUUGGUGGGCGAAGACAGCUGUAUGGCGAUCGCCUGACCGUGUUGGCACAAUUGGAGAUCCAACUUGGACCUAAGGGAGACCGAUUCUCCAUAUGUACUGAUAGCACCUGGACAUGUACUCCCAGUGCCAUCAUCCGGAGUGAGCUCUAUGACGGCGAGGUUUACGAUGCUCGUGAAGAGAAUCCGACCUGGAACUGCUCGCUGCUUGACCAGGCCUCUUGCUGGGUGGCCGUCCGGGAACUUGACUUCCCAACCGCGGCCUUGGUGGCACCGAACGCUCCUCCAGUCCGUAUCACCGAGGAGAUAUCUCCAGUCUCCGUCCAGAAGGCCCCAUCCGGUGCCACCGUCAUCGACUUCGGCCAGAACCUGGUCGGUCGACUUCGCGUGCGCUCGUUGAACAAGCCCUCGGGCUCUCGCGUUUCCUUCAUCCACGCCGAAGUGCUUGAGAAUGGCGAGCUCGGGGUUAGACCCCUGCGACACGCCAAGUGCACCGACGAAGUCAUUCUAAAUGGUACAGAGCUGGUAGAUUGGUCGCCUGAGUAUACAUUCCACGGGUUUCGAUUCGUCCAGGCCAAUGGUUGGGAUGAAGAAAGCGAUGGAUCACUGCUCCUCAACAUCAAGGCGCUCGUGAUGCACACUGAUAUGACCCGCAGCGGAUGGUUUUCCUGUUCGCACCCAAUGAUCAAUCAGCUCCACACCAAUGCCUGGUGGAAGGAUGAACGCCUUGGCUGGACCGGGGAUAUUCAGAUUUUCUGCCCAUCGGCCAACUUCCUCUACAAUACUGCUGGCAUGCUGAGCGACUGGUUGCAAGAUGUCGCGGCCGAGCAGCUGAGGGAGAAAGAUGGCUGCGUGCCCCCGUUUACAGUCCCCAAUAUCAUUAGUGAGACCCUGUGGCCGCAUACGCCGCAGGCCGUGUGGGACGAUGUGGUGGUCCUAACACCCUGGGCCCUCUACCGGUCAUAUGGGGACAGCGGAAUCCUCCGCCGUCAAUACGAAAGCAUGCUCGCCUGGAUCGAUCGCGGCAUCCGUCGCGGCUCGGAUGGACUCUGGGACCCUGAACUUUGGCAACUGGGAGACUGGUUAGACCCAACAGCGCCGCCAGAGGAACCCGGGGAUGCACGCACCAGCGGAACCCUCGUCGCUGAUGCCUAUCUCGUGCACAUCACCUCGGUGAUGUCCGAAAUCAGCCAGGUCCUCGGCCAGAGCCAGGAUGCCGCACGAUUCCGGGCGGACUAUGAUAGACUCAAGACGAGGUUCCAGGCCAAGUAUAUAACGGCCACUGGGUUGCUAGUCGGCGAUACCCAAACGGCGCUUAGCCUUGCCAUUGUGUACGACCUUCACUCCACCCCCGAAGCAGCGCAUGCUGCAGCAUCACGUCUCGUACACCUCGUACGGCUCGCCAAGUUUCGCGUUGCCACCGGGUUCGCGGGCACUCCAAUCAUCACGCAUGCUCUCACCAAGAGCGGACAUCCCCAGAUCGCCUACCGGAUGCUGCUGGAGAAGUCUCGCCCAUCGUGGAUGUACCCCAUCACCAUGGGAGCGACGACCAUGUGGGAGAGGUGGGACAGCAUGCUCCCGGACGGGUCCAUCAACCCUGGCGCAAUGACCAGCUUCAACCACUACGCCCUGGGUUCGAUCAUCAACUGGCUGCACUCUACAGUAGCCGGCGUCAGCCCUCUAGCCCCAGGCUGGAAGCACAUCCAGAUCGCUCCGACACCUGGGCCUACAAUUCACUCCGCUGAAGCCAUGUACGAUACUCCUUAUGGGCGACUAGAAUGCCGGUGGUCGAUCGAGACUGAUGCAGACCGCUUCCACAUGGACCUGUUGAUACCGCCAAACUCUCGUGCGCGCGUGAUCUUACCGACUCGGGAGAAUCUAUCACAGCCCGUUGGUUCUCGUGAAGACGGAGGCUUUUGGGUGGGUUCGGGGCGUCACAAGUUCUCAACGACCUUCGAGUGGAUGGAUUACUCUAGGGACUGGCCACCGAAGCCUCUGAUUCCGAUUAUGCGUAAACCUGAACCGGAGGAUAUUGCGUGA